UUGUUGUCAUCAUAAUUCAUAUUUUCAUAAUAAAAAUAUUUUAUAAUCAAGUAUUUAUUUAUAAAUUAAUAAUUAUUUAUUAAAUAGAUUUUAUAAAAAAAAAUAAUUUAAUCUUUAAGCUUUGAAAUUUGUAUUUAAAAUUUUAAAAACAAAAAAAAAAAUGAGUAUCAAAAGUGAAAGCAGUCAGCUGUCAGGUAUUUCUGGUAUAUCAACAAUAUCAUGUUCAAGUCCAAAAUUAAAUACAACAAUAAUCAACAAUAACAACAACAACAAAAGUUUAGAAAAAACAUUACAAAAAUUAUCAAAAUGUGAAAAAUCAAUUGUUGAAUUGGCAAAGGUUAAAUUGAUAUUUGAAUGUUUAGAAAAUAUAACAUCAACAAAUCAGCUACCAAGUGAUUUAAAUAACAAGCUGGAACAAAUAUUAUUAUCUCAUAAUGUUGAUAAAUAUCUUAGCCUACCAACAGACACAAAACAUGGUAACAUUAAAUCAUCACUUCUUGGUAUAAUUAAUGUUCAACGACCAGAUCUAACAGUUGAUGAUAAAAAAUUAAUUAGAAAAACACUGGAAAAUAAUAUAAACAUACGUACAAAUAAAUUUAUAAAAAAAUUUGAAGAAGCUGGUGGUAAUUAUCGUGAAGCAUUGGAUAAUGACAAAUCAAGUGUCCAUAAUAAUUUAUCAAUUGUCAAUGACAAUGUAAUAUCACAUUGGCGUGAUAAACUUGAAGAUGUUUGUAAUGAAUAUCAACGUGAUAUAUUAAAAUGUGAUGAAUUAUUAAAUGAAUGGCAAAAAUAUAAAUUCAAUGAUAUGGAAGAAUUAAAUCUUAAAAAAGCUGAUGAAAAAUAUCUUCAAGCACAAAUUGCUGAGGCACAAGCUAAAAUAACUAAAAUAACAUGUUCAAUUAAAAUGUUUAAAGAAACACCAAUGACAAUUGAUGCAUUUAAAAAAUUAAGUAAUGAUCUUGAUGAUAAAAUAAAUACCAUUGAGACUGAAAUUAAAAAAAAAAAAGAAUUAAAAAAACAAUAUGAAGAAUUACAAAAUACUGAAUAUGAUGAUGUUUUAAAAAGAUAUUUAGAUCUUUGUUCAACAAUUAAAAAAGAAGAACGUUUAUUGGAAAUGCUUUGA